AUGGCCCUGACGGCGGAGACCGAGUCCCGGCUGUACCGCUCGCUACGCGCCGCCGCCGGCGCCGUCGCCCACCUCGUGGCGCUGGGCUUCCCCACCGCCGUGGCCGUGCUGGCGCGGCCCGGAUCCAGCCUCUUCUCCUGGCACCCGCUGCUCAUGGCCCUCGCGGUAAGUCCCGCGCCCCCACCGCCCCGGUUACCGGCCACCUCCCCGUGCUGCGCCCCUUUCUCGUUCCUGAUGACGGAAGCCCUGCUGAUAUUCUCCCCGGAGACUUCGCUGCUCCGCUCCUUCUCCCGCAAAGUCAAAGUGCGGGUGCACUGGGUUCUCCAGCUGCUCGCCCUCCUCUGCGCCCUCCUGGGGCUGGGUGUCAUCACCUACAACAAGCACCUGAACGGCAAGGCCCACUUCGUCACCUGGCACGGCCUGACGGGGCUGCUGACCGUGCUGUACGCCGGCGGGCAGUGCAUGGGGGGGGUGCUCCUGCUCUACCCCAAGCUGAUGAAGAACUGGACGCUGGCCAAGCUCAAGCUGUAUCACGCGACCUCAGGGCUGGUGGGCUACCUGCUGGGCUGUGCCAGCCUGAUGCUGGGCAUGUGCUCCCUGUGGUUCACCACCUCGGUGACCAGCGUCUCCUGGUACCUCGCCAUGCUGUGUCCCCUUCUCACCAGCCUGGUUAUCAUGAACCAGGUAAGCAACGCUUACCUGUACCGCAAGCGGAGCCAGCACUGAGGGCUCGGUGCGGAUCCAGACUUCCCCUGUGUGAGCCGGUGAGGCUGGGGCGCCCCCCUGCAGGGUUCCCCUCCUCACAGAGGGUCUCCUCGGAACUAGAUUUCUACCUACUUGUCUCUCGUUAGUCCUGGAUUGUCCGUAGUGUCUCGUCCCCGGGAGCAGCUACUAUGCGUGUGACACCGACCGGGCAGAAGCUGCCCAACUCGUGCCUGCCUCGGUGGGUACAUUUCCCAGCAUAGGUAAAGCUGCUGAUCCCCACGGCAGCUUGGUGCUCAGUGCUGGGAACUGGAGGGUUCACUCAGGAUUCCUGCUCCUUUUCCCUUCCCUCGCCACCCAGGGCUGCUUUGGAGCAGGCAGGACAGGAGCUGGCACGUUCCCGGUAAGGAGGGCAGGGAGUCCCUGCUCGCCUGGGAGGCUGCAGCGGGCACUGCGCUGCCUCUCCUGCCACGAAGGCAGCUUGGCCAGUGAAACCGUGGGGCAAAGUUGUGGCUUCAGCCUGGCUGAAGUGGGGUGGCAGCACCCAGGGUGUCUGUCCCCACGACGCAGCCCCACACAGGGACCUGGGGGCUUUCUGGGACCGGUCCAGACGGCCCUGCCUGACGGCUGUGGAUCCGGGCACCCAUCACCACGCACAAAGCCUUUCUGCAGGCUGGGACAGCGAAGCUUCAGCCUGGUGGGAGGUGGGGGCCGUUUUAUAGAGCAAAUUACUGACCUGGGCUGCAAACCGGCAGCCUGCAAAGGCGUUUUGUCCCUCUGAGGGGCAG